AAUAAAUAUUUAUUUUUUUUAUAGUUAAAUAAAAUAUUAAUGGGAAACUUAAAUGAUUGUACAUAUAAUUUAUGUUUAGAAAAUUAAAAAUAAUCACAAUAAAAUGUACAAAAACCAAAUUCUUAAAGACAAAGUUAGAUUUAUUAAAAAAAUAUAAAUAAUAAAUUAAUUGUAAAAAAUUUAAUUUAAAUUUCAUAAGAUUCAAACUAAAUUGUACUUUAAGAAAACAAGGCCCUUGAUUCUCUUAGUUUAUCUUUAAUAAUAUAAAAAUAAUUAUAAAAUUCAGAUAAAAAAUCUUUAGAAAGUUCAGAUAAAAAAGCAAUAGAAAAUUCCGAUAAAAAAUAAUAUCUAAUAUAAAAAAAUGCAAUCACAUUUAAAAAUGGAGUAGUAUAUGAAGGAUAAUGGAACGGAGAUUAAAAGGAAGGCUUUGGUAUAUAAACAUGGCCAAAUGGUUAAAAAUAUGAAGGGCAAUGGAAAAAUAAUAUUUAAAACGGAAACGGAAAAUUGAUAUUUAUAAAUGGAGAUACUUAUGAAGGUAAUUGGAGUAAUGGAUAAUUUAGUUAAUUUGGAAUCUUAAAACGUUUAAACGAAGAAGUCUAUAAAGGAGAAUGGAAAAACGGAUUAUAGGAAGGUAAAGGAAUUGAAAUAUUAUCAGAUGGUUCAAAAUAUGAAGGAGAAUUUUUUUAAGGUAAAAAAAAUGGAAAAGGAAAAUUUUAAUGGGUAGAUGGAUCAAUUUAUGAAGGAGAAUGGCAAUAUAAUUAUUUACAUGGAUAUGGAACUUAUUUAUGGUCUGAUGGAAAAUAAUAUAAAGGUUUUUUUAAUUUAUUUAUUAAAAUAAAAUAUAAAUAAUAGGAUAUUGGAAUUAUAAUAAUAUGCAUGGGAAAGGUAAAUUUAUAUGGAAUAAUGAAAUGUUUUUUGAAGGAAAUUAUUUUAAUGAUAAAAAACAUGGUUAUGGUAUAUAUUAAUGGAAAGGUAUUUAUUUUAUUUUUUAUAUUUAAAUUUUUUUAUUAAAAAAAAAAAAGAUAAAACAUAUUAAGGUUAAUGGGCUUAUGGUAAAUAACAUGGGAAAGGAAAAUAUAUAUAUAAAAAUGGAAUUAUUAAAUAUGGUAUUUUCGAAUAUGGAAAAAAAAUAAAAAGUAUUGA